UCUAUGUCGCUAAACGGAUUCCGUUAGUGAAGUCUCUGCCACUCUUUUCCUACAAGGCGGAGGCGAGAGUCGUGCCUUUGAAGGUGAAGUGAUAGAGCAAGAUGUGGCCCUCAGGACUGGACGUAGCCAAAAUGAGUUUACUUGGAUCACCGUUCAUGACAGCCAAAUGUCAGGGGCAAAACGAACUUACACAAGCACUCGUUAGAAAUCGUCACAUUGCCGCUGCCUCUGUCGCAUCAGGCGAUAGUUGUGAAUUUGCAUCAAAUAAAUAUUUUAUGCUAUGUGGCUUGGGAGGCAUACUGUCAUGUGGUAUUACUCAUACCAUGGUUACUCCUUUGGACUUGGUGAAAUGUCGAAUCCAAGUGAAUCCUGCAAAGUACAAAUCAGUCUUCAAUGGAUUCAAAGUCACUAUGGCUGAGGAUGGAACUCGAGGUUUGGCAAAAGGAUGGGCUCCAACAUUCUUUGGUUACUCUAUUCAAGGAAUGUUCAAAUUUGGUCUUUAUGAAGUUUUCAAAGUAUAUUAUUCAGCUCUUGCUGGAGAAGAAAUGGCAUAUGAAUAUAGGACAUCUUUGUAUUUAGUUUCUUCAGCAUCUGCAGAAUUUUUUGCUGAUAUUGGACUUGCUCCUUUUGAAGCUUCUAAAGUCAAAAUUCAAACCACACCAGGAUUUGCAAACACUUUAAGAGAAGCUAUGCCAAAGAUAAUGUCAGAAGAGGGCAUUGGUGGUUUUUACAAAGGGCUGGUACCUUUGUGGCUUCGUCAAAUUCCAUAUACAAUGAUGAAGUUUGCAUGCUUUGAGCGUACACUUGAGCUGUUGUAUAAGUAUGUAGUUCCUAAACCAAGGCAGGAUUGCACGAAGGGAGAACAGCUGGUUGUUACCUUCGCUGCAGGAUAUAUUGCUGGUGUAUUCUGUGCAAUUGUAUCUCAUCCUGCUGAUUCUGUUGUAUCAAAAUUGAAUCAAGCAAAAGGAGCAUCAGCUGUUGAUGUUCUGAAACAGAUGGGUCCUCUUGGAGUAUGGAAAGGUCUUGGUCCUCGAAUAGUCAUGAUCGGUACAUUGACAGCAGCACAAUGGUUCAUUUAUGAUGCUGUGAAAGUUUGGCUUCGCAUGCCCCGCCCACCACCACCGGACAUGCCAGAAUCACUCAAGAAGAAGUAUGGAGUAGCUUAAAUGUCGAACAUCAUCAAUUUCUAAUUGAAUCAAUUACAGUUAGAGGAAAAAGCAUAGAUAAAUUACAUUAUUUCCUUACAGUACAUUGUCGAACAAUGUUUUGCCAUACAUUUUGAGUAUUUAUUCUAUAAUACAGACAUCAGUGCAGGUCAUCACUGCCUUCGAAUUAGAAGUAAUGUGCUACAUAUGUGAAUUAUAGUAAUUUGCUACCAGUUCUGUGAUUAUAAAAGAGGUAGCACAUAUAUAAAAAUUUAACAGUGACAGUGAGUUACCUAUUGUAACCAUGAACUGUUACUUUGUAUAUAGGGUGAUCACCGUAAAUAAAUGGUCUGUGAUUGCUCAAUUAA